AUGGAUCUCCUCUCGGAACUGGGUUCCUGUCGACGAAUAAUUCAUCAGCUGAAAGUUGACAUGGAAGCCCGUGAGCGAGUCACUCCUCUGUCUGUCAAAACCUGGGCCCUCCGCAUACACGAAAAGUCUGCCCAGGACCUCCAGCCGAAUGAAAGCCACCUGACUGCUACUUGGAGCAAGUCCUGGGUCGAUCAGUGGACUUCCAUUAACGGACGGGUAGAACGCUUGUCUGCAUCGCUCAACGACAGUUUCCAGAUGCUUAUUGGCGCCAUGACUGUACUGGACUCUGCUGCGAACAAGAAACAAGCCGAGCGUGCGACCAUGCUUACGUUGUUGGCUGCAAUCUAUCUGCCGCUUACUCUGACAACUGGCAUCUUUGGCAUGAAUCUCCGAGAAGUCAAUCAGGGUAGUCCACCGUGGUGGUGGGUGAUGAUUGUUAUGGUGGUACUCCUGACACCGUCGAUCAUCUUUAUGGUAUAUCUGUUCACGAAGAAUCGUCUUGAAACGUUCCGGGAGCGACGAGCGAAGAGUGAGAGCGACAAGAUGGUUUGAUGCAAAGGUUCCUGAUGAUGAAGAACCCGAGAAAUGACGAAACCUGACGUUCGGGACGUCUUUGACGCCUCUUA